GUUUUACGGAAACACCCUUCGAACCAGCACGAUUUGCAGCCCAGUGCCCCCCUCUUCUCCUCCCCGCUCCCUUUCUCACUUCCAAGGAGACGCGGCCAAAACCCCUCCGGCCUCCGCGGAUUCACUCCCCGGAUUCUGUACGUUUUACCUGGAUUUAUCUCUUCUCUGAAUCCUGUCGUUACAGAGAAUAAUUGCAAGUGCGAAUUACAUCAAGCUCUAGAAAAAUCGGUUCUUUAGUAGUAGGAUUUUUGGCUGAUUAAAAGUAGCACCAGUAAUACCAAGAAUGCGAAGAGUACGGUGGAGUGCUCGCGGGGAAUCGUCUCGGGAGGUGGACCGCGAGUUCGAGCGGUUCACCAUCUCCGAUGGGAUCUCCCACCUCACUAGUACCAGGUCGGAGCCGUGUAGCAGGACUCGUGGUGCCGUUACCGCCAGCCGGAUGAGGCCCUUCUCGACGUUUGAGCUGCUGUCGGCGAGGGAGUCAGGCCGCUCAGGCGGCUCUGGAUUCUCUUCGGCCGAUCGCGCCUAUGUUGGCAGCAAACACAUCCCAGCGAAAGGGCCAUGGAGCGUCGACGACAUGGACAGCGAGGCCUACGUCUCGCAGUUCUCUGCUGAUGGGUCAUUGCUCGUUGCUGGGUUUCGGGGAAGCCGCAUCAAAGUUUACAAUGCCGAUAAAGGGUGGAAGGUUCAUAAGGAUAUAUGCUGCAGAAGUCUGCGGUGGACAGUUUCAGAUAUUGCUCUCUCACCUGACCAACGAUUCCUUGCCUAUUCAAGUUUGUCGCCUAUUGUUCACAUUGUGAAUGUGCAGAGUGCUGGAAAGGAAUCACAUGCUAAUAUUACAGAAAUUCAUGAGGGUUUGGAUUUCUCUGGUGGUGGUGAUGAUGAUGAUCUAGUAGACUUUGGAAUAUUUUCUGUAAAAUUCUCAAAAGAUGGUAGAGAAGUAGUUGUUGGGAACAAUGAAAGAUCAAUAUUUGUUUAUGAUCUUGGAGCAAAUAAAGUAUCAGUCCACAUCCAUGCUCAUACGUCUGAUGUCAAUGCGGUCACCUUCGCUGAUGAAAGUGGUAAUGUGUUGUACUCUGGAAGUGAUGAUAGUCUUUGUAAGGUGUGGGAUAGGCGUUGCCUUAUUGGGGAAAAACCAUCAGGUGUUUUGACAGGUCAUUUAGAUGGGAUCACAUUUAUCGAUAGCCGUGGUGAUGGGCGUUAUUUCAUCUCCAAUUGCAAGGAUCAGACAAUCAAACUUUGGGAUAUUAGAAAGAUGACCUCCGCCGUGAGGGCUCGCCCACUGAGAAUAGUGGAUUGGGACUAUAGGUGGAUGUCAUUCCCAUCAGAAGCCCAUCAUUUUAGGCAUCCACAUGAUCUGUCUCUGGCCACAUACAGAGGUCAUUCUGUUCUGCGAACACUUGUCCGUUGCUACUUCUCCCCUAUGCACAGCACGGGCCAGAGGUACAUAUACACAGGAUCCAGUGACAAGUCUGUAUAUAUUUAUGAUGUGGUAACCGGAAAGACUCUGGAGAAGCUCUCAUGGCAUGGAUCAAUCAUCAGAGACUGUACCUGGCAUCCGCACUAUCCAACGCUCGUCAGCUCCUCCUGGGAUGGCUAUCUGGCCCGGUGGGAGGCCUCAGGUGACGAGGACGACCCUUCCAUGGUCACCACCGAAGAGCAGAGGACAAGUCCUUACCUUACUGCGUACAGUGACUCCUUCCUGUUGUAGACAAGUUUGGUGCUUGAGAACCCGACGUGCACGAUCAAGUUUCUGCUGUCUGUAAAGUGCGUGAUCCAAAUGGUAAUGGCAUGGUGUUUCGCAUUGUAGUUUCCGGUUUGCGAGUAACACCGCAAUUUGUACAGGGUUGGCUGCUUGUUUGGCAGCAUAAGCACUCAUGAUGUGACAUCGGGAAGGGGGAAGGGAGUGAGGUGAUAAGGUGAUAGUAGUUUAUAAAUUUGUUUAAAGCAUGUUGAGUAAGUAAUAGAUUUGAUAAAUUUCUGUAACACCUAUAAUUAUGAUACAUGGGAUUUUUUUUGGUUUAACGAAAGAUCCAGCAAAG